GAGCGCGGGAGUGCGGGCCGCUGAGCUUGUGGGUCUCUGCCUUCUGGGCUGCGAUGCGGACGGCGAAGGACAACACUGGGGGGCAGGGAGUCCGGGGCAGGGCGCGGAGCUUCGGGGUUAGAAGGCUCUCGGCCUCUGGCUGACCUGCGGAGGGCGGAUGCGGCGGGAGCAGCGCUGCAGCGCCCCCAGCGACGUUCGCCGGCGCUCCUCCGGGGCACUCGUCUCGUGAUUCCUGUGCUGUGGCUGGGUCUUCAUUAGCCCCUAUCAAUCAAUUAAGUUCCUGGUGUGUGCCGGCUAGGCCGAAGGGCCAGCAGUAGAUAAGAGUGCCGAGCUUGGAGUCAGGAAGACUCGUCUUCAUACAAAGUAUGGGCCUCCUUUCAGCUCUGACUCGAGGGUUGGUCCGAGGGGCAGACAGAAUGAGCAAAUGGACAAGCAAGCGUGGCCCCCGAACCUUCUACAAAGGUCGAGGAGCCAAGUUUACUGGCUUUUCUUCAGGUGGGAAGUUUGUGAAGGUGAAGGAAAUGGUCCCUGAGUUUGUGGUUCCAGAUUUGACAGGUUUCAAACUCAAGCCGUAUGUGUCCUAUCGAGCUCCAGCUGGCACAGAUGAACCGCUGACAGCCAAGCAGCUCUUUAUGGAAGCUGUAGCUCCUUCUAUUGAAAAGGACUUUAAAGAAGGAACUUUCGACCCUAAAAACCUGGAAAAGUAUGGCUUUGAGCCCACCCAAGAAGGCAAGCUCUUCCAGCUAUAUCCUAAAAACUAUGUGCAAUAAGAAUAAAGAACUGUCCAGCCAGUAACCAUUCAUUUCUCCUCUGUAUUGCAAACAGCCUUUGAACAAGGCUUGUACAGCUAAUUUAAGAGUAGAAGGAGGAGGCAUUUUUCUUAUCCCACCUUUAUUAAAGAGAAGUUUAUUCUAUUUUUAAUUUUGUGGUAUCAGGUUAUCCUGUUAAUUGAGGCUACAUAAGCAACAUUAUUCAGUAAACAUUUAUUAAGUGCCUACUCUACUAGGCAAUACAAAAUCAGGGGAAAAAAAUCCUUGCCCUUAAGGAGUUUACAAUCUAAUGGGAGAAAACUACACAAGGGAGGGAAGACCAGAGUGGGUCAGAUUGUGGAGUCAAAACCAUACACAACCAAUGGGGGAAACAGAGAGUUACCUGGGAGUUCUUUCUUAUAGCACCCUAUAAAGGAAGGCUUUGGGAAGAGCUUAUUGUUCCACCCUCUGGCUCUUCAUUUGGAGAGGAGAGGGAACUGAGGCAGAAAGUGGAGUAUCAAAAGUUGAGCCAAUCUUCAUGAUGAUGAAAUUGGAGGUAUUGGCUUAUCCUGCGGGAGCAUUCCCUGAGGUUGAAACCAAGCAGAACUCCUUGGAAGUGGAAAGAGAAAUAGUAAUACUUGAAGGUAUAUAUCAGAAGAGGCUAAUAAAGCCACAUCUGAUCACCAAGCUAAUGUAUACAGAGUUUCUGUUUGUUGAGAAACUUUGGAAGAAAAUCAUGUUAACAAGAGAACAUAUCCCCCAAAAUAAUAAAAUUGCCUCCUAGCCA